UGAAAUAACAAUUCAAACAAUGGCACAUUUACGCCAGUGAACGGUGCUAAAGGAGUUUACCGAAAGGUAUCGUCCGAGAAACGUUUAAUCAUCGCGGCACAACAACGAUCCUGAUUCAGCGAUAGAAGAGCGCGCGUCAUCCCGGUCGCUUACACACAGAGGAGCGUAGGGUUUGCAUUUGCGACGCGGAAAAGUGGUGCAGCGGUGGUGCGAUAAUCGCGCGGAUAUAAUUCGCGAUCGCAACCAUUUUAUGCACGAUUGCGGUUUGCUCGUGAAGAGAGCCAUUAUUUAGGUCGCCAUCAGUGCGCCGGUUGGUGCAUGUUUGUUUGGUAGACAAAAGGAAAUAUCCUGCGAAUGCCACAAUGAGGGCUGGUUGAACUCUGCGGGCCUUUAAAAAGAAACUACAUGCUGUGGCAUUGGUGCUGGUGAAGUGGUGUUUUGUGGUCCUGUCGAGCGUAAAGUGUCGCUUUUAUCGAUUUCCAGCCUCACUUCCCUGUCGGAAGGUGGUUGAGUUUUGUGUACACGUACGAGUUCACUGCACCAUGGCUGGUGCUGCUGAAACGCCCGAAAAAUCCGCUGCGGAUAGGAAAGGUGCCGAAUCCGCUUCUUCGAGUGGUAACAGUUCUACUGCUUUGAGCAGUACCAACAGUGAGCCGGAUGAGAGAGGAAAAUCAUCUGCGGUCAGCUCCAGUUCAUCCAAGUCGAAUGAAACGCACGAUAGGAAAAAGGUAAACAGUGGUUCCGACGACGGUAGUAUCAGCAAUGCUGCUAGUACCAGAACCCUGAAACGGUUGUCGGACGGAAACACCGGAAAUGCUUCAGCUGCCACCAGCACUAGUGGUGAUGUUUGCAAAACAGAAGAUCGCAAACAAUCUGCGGGCAGUAGCAAUGGAUUGAAAGGCGCCCAAAAAUGUGGCAUCUGUCUGGAGGAGAAGAAUCCGUUGAACUACAUCCUACCGAUGGAUGGUAAUACACGAGCGUUCUGCUCGGAGUCGUGCAUUACGGAGUUUCGAAAGAACGGUCAGCGGACGUGCGUACAGUGCGAUAACGUUGUGCGGGCGAACGCUCCCAAUCCCAAUUUCUGUUCAACCUUCUGCUUGAAGAAGUAUCAGAAAAAACGAUCUCCCAGCCUAAUGCACCCGGUUGAUGAACUGAAAAUGAACGGAAGCAACAAUAACAACAACACAAAUAGCCAUAAUCACAACAACAGCCCUAACAGUAACGGUAGCAAUGGGCGUCGAAGUCAGGGUGGUGGAGGCAAUGUAUCACCAGGACGAUCAGGCGGUCAAUCAACGACACGCAUUAGCCCGAUCACUACCACCCAGGCCGGUGCUUUUCAGUAUGAAAGCUUUCACGUGUUCGACUGGUCGGAGUAUCUGCGAGAAUCGGGCAGCGUGCCGGCACCGACGGAAUGUUUCAAACAGGCGCUAGGUCCACCGAAGAAUGAGUUCAAAAUCGGCAUGAAGCUGGAAGCGCUCGAUCCGCGUAAUAUCACCUCGACCUGUAUCGCGACCGUCGUGGGUGUGCUCGGAUCGAGACUUCGUUUGCGGCUGGAUGGGGGCGAUAACAAGAACGAUUUUUGGCGGUUGGUCGACUCGAACGAAAUCCAUCCGAUUGGGCACUGUGAAAAGUCGGGCGAGAUGUUAAAACCCCCGCUAGGAUUCCGGCUGAACGCCAGCAGUUGGCCGACGUUCCUGUCGAAAACUUUAAACGGUGCCGUGAUGGCACCGGAUUAUAUUUUCGUACCGGAACCACCGACCCCGAAAUGUAACCUGUUUCAGGUCGGACAAAAGCUGGAAGCGGUGGACAAGAAGAAUCCGCAGCUGAUCUGUUGCGCUACCGUCAAUGAGGUAAAGGAGGAUCAGAUCCACGUAACGUUCGAUGGGUGGAGGGGUGCGUUCGAUUACUGGUGCAGAUAUGAUUCCCGCGACAUCUUUCCGGUCGGCUGGUGUGCGACAAGCUGCCAUCCGAUGCAACCACCCGGGCAGAAGAAUAAGCUGGACGGAAGCGGUCAUCGAUCCAAAACUGGCCGAUCGUCGUUUGCGAUGGUGUCUGAAUCAUCGCCCGAUACGAUGCAACCUGUCACGCUAGUAACAGCCCAUUUUCACAGCAGAUGUCGCGGUGGGCCACACAUUAACAGCUCAAAGCUACCGUCGAUGGUUACCGCACCGAACCACCAGACGCUGGCCAAGCUGUGUUUGCAGGAAGUGCUGGCGGCUUCGCAUGAUCACUCGCUGCUAUCGCCGCUGCUGUUCGGGCUCGAUGGAGAUGUGCAUAUCGUAACGGCGGCUGGUAAGAAUUUUACGGUCAAAAUACCAGCCUAUAUCAAACAGAAGGCAAACGCGGGCGUUUCAGAGUUCUUGGAGACGCUUUGUUCUGCUUGUCAGGCGUGUCCAAAGCUCAUCACACUUGAGCCGGGUCCGGAACAGUGUGAAGACUGUUUGAUCCAUUCAUCACCCUUGAAGCGUACGAUCAAAACGGAACCACGGGCAACGGCGGCUGCCAGUCCACCACCGACGGCUGCAUCCUCACCGAAAGCAUCCGCCACGGGAAGAACCAGCGCUGGAGGCCAUGAGCUGCGACCGGCGAAAGAGUCUACGAAGGAUAAGGAAUCACAUUUACGGAGUCCUUCGCCGAAACGUCGUGCUGUGACAAGUAGCAGCGAGCAGAAGGGUGCUGAUCGGAACGCUCAGGAAGAACGGAAGGCUCCCACCAGUACAUCGUCGCUGCCCGCCAAGAAGGAGCGCAAUGAGCCAAGCUCAUCGGUGACCACCACAACAAUGAACGCGAAACUAGCGUCUAAACCAGCCGCGGGCAAUAGAUCUGCUAAAGUGGACACGUCCGGAGCAAAUCAAACGCUUACAUCUAGCUCAUCGACCGUUACGACAGUGGCCACAUCGUCCACGACGAAUCAACACAAAUCGUCUACCGCUGCUACCCCGGUCAGUCAGCCUACAUCGCCGACCACCGUGUCGACGACCAGCGGCAGUGGCAAGCCAAUAACCACAACCGGUACGAUGGCGAUUAAAAUCGAAGUGCAAUCUGGCCACGUGGCACCUGUCGGGGCGGCCCAAGCAACUGCCGCCGUUGCAGCGACAUCCGCCGUAACAAUCCCUGCUGCUGCUGCCGCCGUACCGUACCAUCCUGCACCGAUCAUCUCACCGAUGAUACCGGGAGCAUGUACGCUAGGACCAGCAGUUGCAAUGACUUCUGUGCCGGGUUCACUAAUACCUGUGGUGGCAGCAACGUCAUCGAAUCCGUAUCAAACGAUGGCAAAUGCAGUUGGACCACACGCUUGUGCUAAUACGGGUGGAGUGGGUAAUUAUUUUAACGCUUCACCCUCGGGCAUGAUGCCUUUAGUGCCAUCCGUUAGUCCUGCAAUGCCACAGAUGCCCCGCGGACAGACGACCGACUGGACGAUUGAGGAUGUGAUACAAUUUAUUGCUGUACAGGAUCCGUCACUCGCUAUCCAUGCGGACCUAUUUCGGAAGCAUGAAAUUGACGGUAAAGCACUGCUGCUGCUGAACAGCGAUAUGAUGAUGAAAUAUAUGGGAUUAAAGCUGGGACCGGCACUAAAAAUCAUCAAUCUCGUCAGUCGCGUUAAGGGUCGACGACACAACCUGUGCUAAUUGACAUUUAAUCAAUUGCACGAGGACACAUUGUAGCAAGUACCUUGUUGUAGGUGAGAGAUAUAACCUAGUUUUGGCCAUUGCUGACAGUUCUUAUAAGACAGGGAAUCUUGUACCUUUUGUUUGUUUUUUUUAGCAUCGUCUCCUAGACUUGCCUAGCCGUAGCGUUACACCUGUAGAGGGGAUUCGUGGGCAAAAUCAUCGAAUUCUGUCUUAGAAAUGAAUCUGAGUGUAAAUUAAACAGUUUUUAACAUUUUUUUCGCUCCAUUUGUCCAUCAACUGUGUUGUGUGCGGUCUGCGGUAUCUGAAUUCGAGGUAGAACGAAAAAAUCUUUUCGCAUCAUUAGUAGAAUGCAAAUUAUAAAGGUUGUUUCAAUUUAUUGACUAAUUUAGUUUGCGAUAUAUAUGCGCUGUUGCAAUACCGUUUACGUGAAGUUCAUUUUAAGCUGCUGAGGCAAAACGAUGAAAAACCAACAUAAGAGUGACAAACCACGUUUUAAAAACAAAUGCGAAAAAUUGGUUCAAAAUAGAUACUAUCGUUCACAUCCACAGAUGAAUUGCGUUCCAUUUGAAAUUCCACUUUUCUAAUGGUUCGAUUCGUUGAACGCUGUAAUUCUUGAUUGAAGUAAUUACUGAAUUCCGAACUUUGUUUAAAAAAAAAAGAUUAAAACAAGUUUUGUUAAUGUGCUCGUUCUGGCAUGUCGAUGAAGAACGAAUAAUUCGACACUAUUGUAUGCAAGAAGGACACCUUUUUGCAAUUGUGAGCGCGGAGGGAGUAUUAGGAGAAAUACAUACGUAAAUAAGUUUUGUAUAUAUCGUUGAAGAAGCUAUCUCAAUCCUUCAGAUUUAGUUUUUUAAGCACUACUGAGAAUGCCAACGAAAGAACACAUGUUUUUUGUUGUAGGAGUUUUAUCGUUCAACCAUGCUCGGACUAAAUUAUCGUAUUCGAUGCUAAUCCAGAUCAAUAAUUUCUUGUCCAAGCUGUAGAACAAGUAAAGCACGCGUAAUGAAAAAUCGUUCAACUAUAUUAUACCAUAAGUUUAUCUGUUAGUUAUCCAUAAAAAUAUUUUACACAUUCAGAAGGAAGGUAUUUCUUUUGUAAAUGGCUCAAAUAUUAACCCAAAUCGUGGAACAUCACGAAACAAUUGUUUCAACAACUUAUCACCUUGUGUCAAGUACCUUAUUUAAGGCUUAAAAGGCUUAUUUUUUAUUUUACAGUCGAACCGGAAUUUCAAGAUGCAAUAUAAAUAUAACAAAGAAAACAAACAAAAUGUCUAAGCGGCGUAGUAAUACCAAACAAAGUAACGAAGUAAGUGAAAUAGGAAAAAAAUAGCACACAGCAAAACGAGUAUCAAACAUAAAUCAAACAGUAUCCACGUGUAACACAUGAUAACUACAAGGUAUGUAAUAACACAUCAGCAGCAGCACGAUCCAUCCUGAUCAUGAUCUAUGGUUAACAAAAUGCUAGUAAUGCCCCACGCGACACACUGACUUUGCAAUCGAUCUUACAGUUUAAACAAAUUUGCUCCAAUCCACACAACACAAUAUCUUACCGCACUGCAUCCUAGGCAAAGAGUUUGGAUGAGAAUUUAAAGCUUACAGAUUUAUCUCCUUAUCUUUAACAUUAUUUUCAUGCUCAAAUCUCUGCUCGGUAGGAUAGAGAACAUUUAGUGUCCACGUGCGAGUAGGCUAUCAAAUUUCGGAAUCAAAAGCAAAUAUUAACGAAUUGGAAAGGCAACAAAACACAAGCGGUGAAUGCAAUACGCCCCAAAGGAUUUAUGAACUAAAAUUCCGGCUCCAGGUGCAUUACGCAUAGGACGAAGUAAUGGUGUGUUCGUGUGUGUGUGUGUGUUUUUGGACACCCGUCACCGGAGCAGCACAAAUGUGGCGGUUUAGGAUGAAAUAAAAAGGAAUGCCCAUACCUGAAUCGAAAUGAAAUGAUGAAAAGUGAGGAUUUGGAUGACAGUUAGUGUGUGGAAAAUUGAAAACAUAUUUAACACUUAGCUGAAAGGACUAGUGAUCGAAUAUCAAACCUAUCUUAAUGGAUCUAAAGCAAACAAAAUGCCCCGAACGUAAACCAAUUUCGAGUGAUGUGUAUAGAAUAAUAUAAUUUGUAUCAUUCCCCAUUUUCUCACAUUUGUUUUGUUUGGGAAAUUUGCUGUAUUUUCCUGAACAAAUAAAUGCAAACAAUUUCGUAAUAUGUACUCUCGGGUCGGGUGUUAUGUGAUAGCGUCCUGGAGCGUAUUUAAUGAAGAGAGAACGAUAUGGAGUAGAACCAAAACCAUGAAGUCAUAGGGAAACCUCAACAGAGACGUCGUUAAUAGCCAUAUUCGUAUUUACUUUAAGCCUGUCGUCUGGUAAGGAACAAAAAAAACAACAAUAUGUUAUGCAUGCUUAAUGGAGCAGAAAAUGGCGACCACCAUGAACCAUGUUAAGGAGAAGUUUUGCACGCACCAAACUUUUAACACUUACUGUGCUGGUUUUUGAGCGAGUUUUGCACCAAACGCUAGGUAGGGUAUAGCAGUAAGAACACACCACAACCACGUGCCACAAACGGGGGAAAACCUGGUUAGGUGAAACGUACGAUGGAAACGAUGGGAGAGUUAAGGAAUCGAUUGGAGUGUGGAGACAAAUUAGAAUCACUGAAUAGUUGAGCCUAUCUUCGUUUUAUGUUUCCAAAUCAUUUAUUGUCUUUUAUUUGAGCUAUUGUUUGAUGUUUUUAAAUGCCCUGCAAUUACUUAUAAGUAAUUUCUCCUAUUUUGAUAGUGAUGUUUACCUACUUCUGCCUGUAACUAAGUCAACUUUAUAUUGUUUCAUGGUUAAAUAUUCUCCCGUAACCAGCACUAGUACGUAUAUUUCUUAAGGAUCUUACCGUAUAACAGAAAAAAACACCUGUAAGCAAACACACUUGUACUUUUGUGAUAUCAGUUCUCACCACAAUAA